GCUGGGGCUGAUGGGUAUUUUAGAGUUGGCUGUCUUUUAUAUACGUGUGGUGUAGUGUUUACCACAGCACUAAUAGGAUUGAUCCUGAGACAUGGAGCUGCGAGUGCUGCAGGAGCCUGAAUGGGAUGUGCUGAACUGACAUAAUGUUAUGCCUGGAACAUUCACAGAAUGGGUUUCAAUAAAUAACCCUGUGCUGGACUUCAAGGGACGACUAAUACAAAUCUCGUAAAACAAGAAGUGUUUCAGAUAGAUGUGAAAUUGCUCAUAGCAGCUGCUCCAUGGAGACCACAAGUAGAUCCAUGAAUCUUACUUUCUCCAUUGAGGACAAAAAUGGAAAUAACUUCACCUGCCCCAGUGAGCAUUCCCCCGAUUCACUAAGGGGCUCUAGCAGUUUGAGUUGUGGCGGUUCAGACAGUCCUCUUGAUGUAGAAAUGGAUGACUGUAUCACUUGCCCAACAAAAGACGAGACUUCUUCCUCAAAGGUAGUGAAAUCAAGCGGCGCAAUUGCUGUAGACUUUGUCAAAUCAAAAAUUGACAACUGGAAUGAGAAUAUGGCUCUCUUGAUGAUAGUGAACACAAAAAACACUGAAUGCAAUGGCAGUGACAGAAGCUCAGAAACCUCCCCUGACUGUGGAGAGCGAAAGCUGUCUGAGGUGGACUCCUGCGAGCCAUCACGCCGUGGAUCCAGUGAGAACUGCUGCUCUGUGAGCUCAGGUGAGAUGGUCAUGAGGAGUAACAGCUUUGUCUUGCACGAGAAUGACCAGCCACUUAGCAUCUCACUAAUCGGGGAGUCCAAAACCUCCUUGGAUAUAUCUUCAGAUCUCGCCGUGGUAUCGGGGAUGUUACCUGAUGUGUGUGAAGGCCUAGCCCAGGUGCCACAAGGAGGGCCCAAGAAUAAGGUCCUGGAGUGUACCUACAUCCAAGCCAACAAUCAGACCUUUCUCAUAGAUGAAAAGUCAUUGAGCGAUGAGAAACUUGAAUGCAUCACACCUGUUCAUUAUCACAAAUCCAAUGUGAAAAAGUUGGUAUGCAACAGCGGCGGAUCAAAUCAGUCAACACCAAUGGAGGGAAAAACUGUGCUUAUUAUUGCUUCUGAGGAUUUAGACAUUAGUGGUAAUGCUCAGACCUCAACUCCAGUGCAGUCUGUGAGUAACAAGACAUUUUGCCUCCCAUCUUUGUCUGAGUCACCUCUGAAUAAAGAUGAAGGUGAUUCAGUGAGUCCAAUGGCUCAAUUUAUUAGUCAGCAGCAAGGCGCUGCCUCUCAAAAGCCCAAAACACCAUUGAUGUCAGCAAGUAAAAGCAAAAAAAUAGAAAUAAAACGAUUUCCUAAGCCUAACUUCAGUAAUAUAAAGUCUAAAAUUAUGUCACGUGCCACCAACCCCUUUAAGACAUCAAGUGCACCAGUUUUAAAGACUUCAUCAAACUCCGUCCCUCAAACUAAUGAAAGCCAGACUGUGGACCAACAUAUGUCAUCCCCUACCAAAUCCACUUCUGCUGCAAUAACCAGCACAUCUGCCACACCAGCUCGAAAUGUAAAGAGCUCUAAUGCAGCUAAAAGAACUCGCUCAUCUGCUUGCCAAGAAAGUGGUCCAGCCUCGAAAUCUCGACCUCGCCGAUGGUCUGAAAGCGCGACCUCUUGCAAAACAAGUAAAGAUGGAACACAAGAGAAGAAUUCACAGGUCAGUGGAGUCUUGAACAACCUCGUCACACCACAAAAAAACACUAAAAGAGGUGCGAAGACAAAUAGAGCAAAAAUAGAGUCAAAUAGAGAGGACACGCAAGGGAAUGAGUCUCUGAAGGUUCGUGGGAAGAAUCAGAAAAUCAGUCUGUUGGCGGUGUCUGCCAGGCCAGCAGCAGCAGCAUGCGAGUGGAGUAGAAGCAGGAUUGGCUCCCAGCCAUCCCCAGCCAGGACAGGAGGCGCCUCGGCUUCUCAUGUUCCAGCUGCAAACUUACGGCCACCGCUUUCAGCCUCUAAGCUCAAACCUGGUACAGCGGGAAGAGAUGGCAGCGGUACCUCUGACAUGCCUUCACCCAGGAGCAAACAGAGUACAUCUGAUGUUAAGCUUAAAAUCCAUUUAACUGAAGGUGCAAGUGCAGUUUCAGGAUCCCAGUCCAGAUCUGCUGUGUUCGCAACUCCAGCAUCGGCCUCCAAACUGCCUGUGAAAUCCAAAUUACAGACCAAGAGCUCCAGCACUUCGCAGACAAAUGGACAUACAAAGCAAGAUCACGCUGAGCCCCCUGUGGGAACCUUGAGUAAACCUCCUCCUAACAGGACCACAUUGUUAAGGACCAAGCUACAAUAUCCACCUACUAGGAGUGUAUCAUCAGGUACAGGAGCAGGAUGCAAAAACACAUCUUCAUCAGGUUCAGCGAGGUCCUCAAGCAGUCCUCUGAAGACCCCUACCACAGCCCGACCCAUAAGAUCUGCUGCGACUCCAACAGUUGACAAGAACAAGUCAAGGACUAGUUCCCGAAACCAGCAGCCCCCAACAAAUGGGCAACCGGAUCUGGUACCGCCAGAGAGCAAGUCCAGAAAUGUGGAGUAUUACAAGGCUCUGUGUGAGAAGAAGAACCAGACCAUUCAACAGCUGGAGAACACGCUCCGAUCCAACAACCGCAGGUUCGAGGCAGUUGCUGUUGUCAUAAAGCAUCUAUGUGCUGGGCAUGAGGAGAUGAUGAAGCAGCGCAGGGAGCUGUCUCAGGAGCUGGUCACCUUGCGUGAGGAGCUGGUGAGCUCGGCUCACUCCUGUGAGCGUCUGGAGCACGAGAAGGAGGAUCUGCGGGCAGCUUUUGAUGGAGUUCUACAGAAGGUCCAGGAGCAGCACCGCUCAGACCUCGCUGACCUCGAGGAGAGACUUAAGACCUUCUACUCCACUGAGUGGGAGAAGGUCCAUCAGGCCUACCAGGAGGAGGCUGACAAGUGCAAAGCUCAGAUGGAGCAGCAGCUAAAAGAGUUGCGAGAAAAACAUGAGGCUUUGAAGAAGGAACUGGAAGUCAGCCAUAUGGAGGAGGUGGAUGGCCUUAAACAACAGUUUGAAGAGACUUUCAAAGAACUCAAACAGUCCCAUGAAAAGGAAAUGCAGACUCUCAAUGCAACACUGAAGGAAUCAGAAGACACAUUAUCUAAUCGAAUUGAGGAGCUCAUGACAGAGAAUAACAACCUCAAAGAAAAGCUGGAUGCUGAGGUGAAGAGAAGGAUGGAUCUGGCUGAGAAAACACAGGACUCCCAUACUCUUUAUCUGGAGCAAGAGCUUGAAAGCCUUAAAGUAGUGCUGGACAUCAAAAACAAACGGAUCCAUGAACAGGACAAGAAACUCAUGCAAAUAGACAAACUGAUGGAGAGGAAUGUGAAGCUGGAUGAAUGUCUUAAGAAACUGCAACAGGAAAACGAGGACCUCAAAGCCAGAAUGGACAAACAUGCUGCUUUGUCAAGACAACUGUCCACAGAGCAGGCGGUUUUGCAGGAAACCCUCCAGAAGGAGUCCAAAGUGAACAAACGCCUGUCUAUGGAGAAUGAAGAGCUGCUCUGGAAGCUUCACAACGGUGAUCUGAGCAGCCCCCGCAAGGUCUCCCCUUCCCCGUCCCUGAAUCUCCAGUCACCGCGCAACUCUGCAACGUUCUCCAGCCCUCCCAUCUCACCCAGAUAACAAUGGCCUUCAGCUUCCAGGAAGCACUUUCAUACAGGACGGAGCACUUCCUGCAUGCUGAUGCUGGUCUGGACCAUGUUAGUGGCACUGAAUAUGGAAUGAACUUUGUUGGCUCUUGUAAAGAUUAAAAAAACUCUGAAGACUAUAUUGCACAGAAGCACUUACCAAUGAGGUCACCCUCAUACUUUGCCUUUCACAUCUGACUAUGGAGGAAAAAAGAAAUAUCUCAGGGCUUGUAGAAGGUUUCUCUCAAAUGUAUGGGUUUUUUUCCCCCCUCCUGGAUUGCUUUGUUCCCUGAAGUUCCUGAAUUUUAUUUAUUUUUUUUGUUAAGAGGACUGACAUUAGAAUCCACGACUGGGGCCUUUAUAAACUUUUCCACCAGACGCCUUUAAGUGUACCUGUAUAUACCCAGAUUUAUCUUUGCUCUGGGACGAAUGCCCAAAUGCCAGCCGGCCAGUGGACAUUUCCCAGAUGCUGCUGCUGCUGCUCGUGUAGCAUUUGGUUUCCCUUUAUUUUAUGGAGGACCUCAGACCCCAGAUGAACUUUUUUCUAAAGAGGCACUUCAUAGAUCAACUCAUGCCAUGAACUGACUGUUACUAUUUACUCAAAUGGAAAUAUUCACAGAUCUCAACCAGGUGUUCUCAAAACCUUAUGCAACACUUUUUUUCUUGUUUAUAUCAUGCCUUUUUAUUUUUGUAAAUGGUAUAUUUUUUUUUUUAAUUAUCACGCAUUAAGAACUGCAACAAGUUGAGCUUUACCCAGAUCACGAUGCACGUUUCAUCACAGAUAUGCUCUCCAUGUCACUCUCAUAUGCAUAGGAAAGAUGCAAUACAGUGAUUGAUGCAGAAUGAAUUAUUAAUAGUUGAUUAAAAGUCUUGAAUGUUUUGAUUAAUGCUCGUUUAAGGGUUGAAUUAUCCCUUUUCCUCAUUUCUUGGCAAUCAGAGAUGCAAAGGUAUAAUGUGCUUGAUAUGGAAAUGGCAUGUCAUUGGGAAGCCCUGUGACUGAAGGCAUACACUAUUGGGAAUCUGACAUUUUUUACGACUUUCUUGAAUACGGGUUUUGUACAUUCAGUAUGAUUGAGCCCUAGGGACAGAUUUGAGUGUUUGUUUGUCCUUGUUUCUAUAUUUAUGUCUGAUCAUGAGACCAAUGUAAUGACUGAGCAUGUUUCGUGGCCUCAGGAGCUCCCCCUCUGUCUGAAACCCUCCACUGCAGCUUUACAUUCAAGCUAUUUACAAAGAAGUUAAAAAGCAAAAGUAGCCGUUUUUUUUUUUCUCUCUUUAUGUUGGUAUGUAUUGCUAGGCUGUUGGUGUGAAACUGAAACUCAUGGAAAUAUGCAAUUAAUAAAGAGUUAAAUUAA